AUGACGUUGGCCCAAUCUCACCGGUUCUCGACGGCGGUUAACCCAAUUAACAUAAGCUUGCUUUCAAAACAAAUACUUCAGCUGGGACGGGUCACCAAUCCCGAUAACUUUUCAGAGAUCAGUCGUCAAAGAGAACUUCUCACGCCUUCGCUCAUCUCGAAGCUCGAUGAUUGCACCGGUCUCAGCCAAAUCAAGCAAGUACACGGCCAUGUUAUCCGGAAAGGUCUCGAUCAAAGUUGCUACAUCAUCACCAAGCUAAUUCGCACGCUCACAAAGCUCGGCGUUCCCAUGGAUCCGUACCCUCGCCGUGUGAUCCAGCCUGUUCAGUUCCGGAACCCAUUUCUAUGGACCGCAGUGAUUCGCGGGUACGCGAUUCAAGGAAAAUUCGCGGAGGCAGUUUCUAUGUAUGGAUGUAUGAGGAAAGAAGGGAUUACGCCUGUUUCCUUCACUUUCUCAGCUCUUUUGAAAGCUUGCGGAUCCGUAGGAGAUUUGAAUUUAGGUCGGCAGUUUCACGCACAGACGUUUCGACUCAGUGGAUUUUGUGUUGUAUACGUUGGGAACACCAUGAUCGACAUGUACGUGAAGUGCGAGUCCAUCGAUUGCGCGCGUAAAGUGUUCGACGAAAUGCCUGAACGAGAUGUGAUUUCGUGGACUGAGCUUAUCGCUGCGUACGCGAGAGUUGGGAAUAUGGAAUCUGCAGCGGAACUUUUUGAGAGCUUGCCUACAAAGGACAUGGUGGCUUGGACCGCCAUGGUCACAGGAUUCGUGCAGAACGCUAAACCUCAGGAAGCUUUAGAAUAUUUCAAUAGAAUGGAGAAAUCGGGGAUUUUACCUGAUGAAGUCACUGUCGCCGGAUUCAUAUCGGCUUGCGCGCAGCUCGGAGCAAGCAAGUACGCUGAUCGGGCUGUCGAAAUCGCUAGGAAAUCCGGGUAUUCACCUAGUGAUCACGUUGUUAUUGGGUCGGCGUUGAUAGACAUGUACUCGAAAUGCGGAAAUGUUGAGGAGGCAGUGAAUGUGUUUGAGUCGAUGAACAACAAAAACGUCUUCUCUUACAGUUCGAUGAUUCUUGGUCUCGCUAUGCACGGGCGUGCUCAAGAGGCUUUAGAUCUUUUCCAUUACAUGGUAUCGGAGACGGAGAUAAAACCAAACGCGGUUACGUUUGUUGGUGUGCUUACGGCUUGCAGCCACGCGGGACUUGUUGAGCAAGGACGUCUGAUAUUCGCUUCGAUGCAUCAAAGAUUCGGCGUUGAACCAACUCGUGAUCACUAUACUUGUAUGGUCGAUCUUCUUGGCCGUGCGGGGCGGUUACAAGAAGCGCUUGAAGUGAUUAAAACAAUGUCUGUUGAGCCACGCGGAGGGGUGUGGGGUGCGUUGCUCGGCGCCUGCAGGAUUCACAAGGAUCCUGACAUGGCAGAGAUCGCUGCAAAACAUUUGUUUGAGUUGGAGCCAGAUGUUGUCGGAAACUAUAUCUUGCUCUCGAAUGUCUACGCUUCAGCUGGAGACUGGGGAGGUGUUUUAAGCGUGCGGAAGCUGAUUAAAGAAAAGGGUUUGAAGAAGACACCGGCUGUUAGUUGGAUCGUGGAUGAGAAAGGUCAGAUGCACAAGUUUUUCCCGGGGAACAUGAACCAUCCGAUGUCGAAUAAGAUUCAAGAAACGUUAGAGGAGCUUGUACAGAGAUUAACGGUGUUAGGUUACAAACCGGAUUUAAGCUCCGUGCCCUACAAUGUGAGUGACGAUGAGAAGAAGUUGGUACUGAUUCGGCACACGGAGAAGCUGGCUUUAGCGUUCUCUUUGCUCACUACGAGCAGAGGUUCUUCGAUAAAGAUAAUGAAGAAUUUGAGGAUGUGUCAAGAUUGUCACACGUUUAUGCGUUUGGCGUCGGAAGUUACGGGGAGGGUGAUUAUAAUGAGGGAUAAUAUGAGAUUCCACCAUUUUAGGAGUGGAGCUUGUUCUUGUGGUGAUUUUUGAGCAGAGAACAAAAGGCACCACGGCAAGGAAUCUCAAACUCCGGAGAAAAACAAACUGUGUGUGAUUCACAAGUUUAUGGGCGUACACAUUAAUCAGCCUCUUUGA